AUGUCUAACAUCACCAAAAGGGAAUUUGCUGAGCUUGCUGUUGAUAGCAGCAAUUACUUGACUUGGGCCUUGGAUGUUGAAAUCUACCUGGAUUCUUGUGAUUUAAGCAGCACUAUUGUUGUAGCUUUUCAGAGCACCUCUGCCCAGAAGGCAAAUGCAUUGAUUUUUCUUCGUCACCAUCUCAACAAAAACAAACAAAAUGAGUACCUUACUGAAAAAGAUCCUGUUGUUCUAUGGCAAUCCCUGAAAGAUCUCUUUGACCAACAGACGCUGAAGCUCUGUAAGCAGAACAUUACAGAGGCUGAAUUGAUUGAAAAUACCCUCUCUACAUUCCAUGCAAUUGUAGAGAAACACAACCAACUUCUGAUGAACAACCAUAAUGCUAGACCAGUUGGUUCGCAAGUUGUGCUUGAAGCACAUGCCACAAAUCAGAGUAAUACUCAUGGGCGUGGACAUGGUAGAGGUCGUGGACGUGGUCGCGGGUCUUAUCGUGGUGAUAGGGGUCGUGGUUGUCGCAAUGCUAAUGGCCUUAAGGACCGUGGCCAGGGUCAAAACAAGGAUAAAUCUCCUUCACACAAGCCUAACUCUCAUCAACAAGUUGCAAAUAACAAGCAAGCUUGCUAUCAGUGUGGAUGUGAGGACCAUUGGUCUCACACAUGUCGUACACUAAAACAUUUGGUUGAGGCCUAUCGGAGAAUGCUGAAGGACUCAAAGGGGAAGACAAAACAAGGUGAGAAACAUCAUGCCAGUUUGCCUGAAGCAAACAUGACUCUGAAAAAUAACAAUUAUGAUGAUAACCUGUUGAAGAUGGGAGAUAUGACUCUGGACGAUGAUGACUUAUUGAAGAUGGAGCUUAAUGAUUUUGGUGACCAAGAGUGA